AUGGUGGCGGCGCUGCAACGUGACCACGACGUUAGAGUUCUGAAUACCCUCAAGUUUGCAAUUGAUCUGCAACAAGGCAGCCCAGACCUUUACUAUCGCCAGAAGGCGCUCAACGCUUAUGACGCAGUUCUACCGAGAAUCGGCGCGUCGAUUACCUACUAUGGCACAGCGGUUGUGCGUCAGUUUCAGGAGAUGGACGUAUUCUGCGCCAAUACUGCCCACGGCAUUAUCAACUCAAGGGAUAAAUUGCGCAGUUUGCAGAUUCUGAGCCGCCACCAUAUUGGUAUUCCCCGCACAACUUUUGUACGUGACAAAAAAGAUGUGAUUCCUGCGAUUGAGCGCGUGGGUGGUGCGCCGGUGGUCAUCAAGUUGAUCGAAGGUACGCAGGGUAUCGGUGUGUUGUUAGCUGAAACCAUGCAGGCAGCAGAAUCCAUCAUUGAGCUGUUGCAAAGCCAGAAACAGAACGUGCUUGUGCAGAAGUUUGUAGCCGAGAGUAAAGGCAAAGACAUACGCGCCUUUGUUGUGGGCGAUCGCGUGGUGGCAGCCAUGCGACGUGUUGCGCAAGGUCAGGAGUUUCGCAGUAACGUGCACCGUGGCGGUGUCGCUGAGGCAGUUGAACUGGACGAUGUGUAUAAAGAAACAGCGGUCAGGUCGGCGCAAAUCCUUGGCUUGCGCGUUGCUGGCGUCGACAUGUUGGAAGGCGCCACGGGUCCGCAGAUCAUGGAAGUGAAUUCCUCGCCGGGCCUGGAAGGUAUCGAAACCUGUACAGGUCUGGAUGUCGCUGGUGCGGUCAUCGAUUACAUCUCCGCGCAGGUAGACUUCCCGGAAAUUGACAUACGCCAGAGGUUAACGGUCAGCAAAGGUUACGGGGUGAGUGAAAUCUACGUACCUGACGGAUCAGAUUUUGUCGGCAUGACCAUUAAAGAGAGCAACCUUGCUGAAAAAGACAUCAAUGUUUUAACGUUGUACCGAGAGAUUGCGGGUCAGGUUGUACAACCCGGUGAGCGUGUUCAGUUCGACCUGCCGACCGCAAGGCUCUAUACCCAUACGCCGCUGAAUAUGCCUGUGGAAAUUAUACACGGGCGCUACGUUGGCCCCGUCUUACUGAUUUGUGCCGCAAUUCACGGUGAUGAGCUCAAUGGGGUGGAAGUCAUCCGUCGCAUGCGCAGCUUUCGCUCGCUGAAUCGGCUGCAUGGCACGUUGAUCCUCAUACCUGUUGUGAAUCUGUUCGGCUUCAUCCAUCAAUCGCGGUAUCUGCCGGAUCGACGAGAUUUGAAUCGCUCAUUUCCCGGCAGCGAAAGAGGCAGUAUUGCCUCACGUGUGGCACAUGUUUUCUUUGACAAUAUAGUUAAGCGGUGUACACAUAUCAUCGAUCUGCAUACGGCGGCUGUAAAUCGAGACAACCUGCCUCAGAUUCGAGCCGCGCUGGAUGAGCCAGGUGUGCCGGAAAUGGCCAUGGGUUUUUCUAUUCCUGUGAUCAUCAAUUCCGGUCUUAUCGAAAACAGCCUGCGCUGUGAGGCAGGCAAGUUAGGCAUUCCCAUCAUCACCUACGAAGCAGGUGAAGCACUGCGGCUGAAUGAACGCGCUAUCGUCACCGGCGUGCGUGGCAUUGUCAGCGUGAUGCGUUCACUGAAGAUGCUGCCAAGUCGGCGCAUUCAAACGGUUCGUGCUGAACCUUACAUUGCGCGUUCGUCGAAGUGGGUGAGAGCGUCUAUGGACGGCAUGUUCAGGCCCCUUGUGCAACUGGGCGCACGUGUCAGGAAAGGCGCGUCGUUAGGGGUUAUUUCGGCACCAUUUUCCUCUCAGGAGGAGGUCUUACAGGCCGAAGCGGAUGGCAUUAUUAUUUGCGUGAAUAACCUGCCGCUGGUCAAUGAGGGUGAAGCCCUGUUUCAUAUCGCCCGGUUUGAAGCAGCCCGCGCUGUUGAGUCGGAGAUUGCCAAUCAUGAAAGUAAUAUUGAGGAUGACCGACUGUACGAAAUUGAGACGGUGCCUGUGCCUGAUAUUGAUAUCGUGGAAUCCAGCGAUCAGCCGUCUUAA